GUUAUAAGUGUGUUCUGUCACAGAUUGCUUCGAGAAGUCAAACGUUACGCUUGUUGAGUUUUGUCUAGUUCUGUUGUACUGUUCACGUGUUGUUUUUUGUUUUCGAUUUUUAAUCAUAAAGUAACUCAAAGUUAAUAUAUAAUGGGUCAUGAUACCAAACUUGAAGAAUUAGCUAUUAAGCUUUUCUCGAUAGACGCAGUUAAAAUGGGUGAAUUUACAACCAAAAGUGGUAUAAAAACACCGGUGUACUUUGACUUGAGGGUUAUAGUUAGUUAUCCGGAAGUUAUGGAGAUGAUAUCUAAUUUACUGCAAGAGUAUGCUAUAAAAGACUGUGCGUACGAUCACGUGUGUGGUGUUCCAUAUACGGCUUUGCCGAUUGCGACAUUGCUCAGUGUUAUCACUAAAAAGUCCAUGCUGAUGAGACGUAAAGAAACCAAAAGUUACGGAACAAAAAAGUCGAUAGAAGGUCAUUAUAAAGCCGGUCAAACGUGUCUCAUUAUUGAAGAUGUCGUAACAUCAGGUUCAAGUGUUUUGGAAACUGUUAAAGAUUUGCGUAAAGAAGGGCUGAAAGUCAAUAAAGCGGUUAUAAUAUUAGAUAGAGAACAGGGAGGAAGUGCAAAUCUAUUAAACAAUGAUGUGGAAAUUACAUCUUUAUUCACUAUGACAUCGCUUAUUGAAAUAUUGUAUAAGAACAGAAAGAUUACUGAGGAAAUGAUGCUUAAAGUUAAAGCAUAUAUAAAAGAAACACAGGCAGUUGUUUUAGAACCAUCAGUAGAUAGAUUGUUACUACCAUAUGAGAAACGGGCGGAGCUAGCCACCAACCAGAUAGCUAAACAACUAUUUAACAUAAUGGCCACGAAGAAGACAAAUUUGUGUUUAUCUGUAGAUCUAACUUCUGUCACAAGUAUACUAGAUCUCUUAGAAAAAGUUGGUGAACACAUUUGCAUGGUGAAAACUCAUGUAGAUAUCAUUGAAGAUUUCAACAAAGAUUUUGUCACCCAACUCAAACAAAUUGCAGACAGGUUUAAUUUCUUAAUAUUAGAAGAUAGAAAAUAUGCAGAUAUUGGGCAUACUGUGUCUAUGCAGUAUAUGAAAGGAGUUUACAAAGUUGGUGAAUGGGCAGAUUGUGUCACUGCUCAUUCCUUGCCAGGUGAUGGUGUGUUGAAAGCCCUUAAUGGACACAUGAAUAGCGUGAGCCGUGGUGUGUUUUUGUUAGCAGAAAUGAGUAGUGAGGGUAACCUCAUUUCUCCAGAAUAUAAAGAUGCAACAGUUGCCAUGGCAGUGAAGUAUCCGGAUUUAAUAACAGGUUUUGUGUGUCAAAACAAGGACACAUUUAAAGACCCAGGUCUUAUUCAGUUGACUCCAGGAGUUCAACUAGAAAGUUCUAAAGACAGCCUUGGUCAGGUGUACAACACUCCAGAGAAGGUAAUAUUGGAGAAUGGAGCUGAUGUCAUUGUUGUGGGACGAGGGAUUGUGGCAGCAAAGAGCCCAGAAACUCAAGUUGUAAUUUAUAAGGAUGCACUAUGGAAAUGCUAUACAAAAAGAGUAUCUGGUAAAUUAGAGUAAGGUUUUUGUUUCUUGCUAAGUUGACAGUAUGAUGAAGUAUUUUUAAUUGUUUUUGACUUGCCAGAGUUGUGACACAUAUUCGUAAGUUCAAAAUAACUCCAUGCGCAUAUUCUUUCAUUGAAUAUUGUAUUAAGUUAAAAACUGUUUAAUCAUUCCAAAAAUAUAUUAAAUGUAUUUGACUAUGCUAUAGUAUGAAUGAAUGUUUUUUUUUUCAAUAAAUGGUUAAAAAUAACAAUCAUAACUUUAUAACUGUCUAGGUAAUUUACUCCUAUGUAGAGCAUUGAUUUGGAUUAAAAAAAAGGACAUACAUUUUUGUAGCUAUGUGUAAAUUGCUUAAACAGUAUUUUGAUAUAUUUUAUUUUUAAUCAAUAAUAAAAAAAGAACAAAAAUUAUUGAAUAAAACUAAAAGCACCAGUAAGAGUGACCGUUUUAUGAACACUAUAAUAUAAUCUAUAUAAUAAAGAUUUCUUUUAUUUUUUUAUAUUUCAUAAGAUUAUGUAGAAUUAUAUGAAUAAGUAUUAAUGUAUCAACUGUUAUAAUUGUUAGAUAACUUCAAUUGUUAAGAAUUGCUCUGUUUUAAACUAUGUUAUUCCAAUAUUGGGGACCAAUAUUUACUGUGAUAAUUAUAACUGAAUGUAUUGGUGCUGCCUGUGACAAUAAUGUUAUAGAAGCUAAAUGAUUUAUAGUUAAUAAAAUUUUGAUUUAAUUA